GGGGAGUGAACCUCUUGAGAGUCUGAUUGAUUAUUUUGCUGACUGGCGACUCUCCGACCCACCUGUCCAUACUGACAGUCCGAAAAUGGCCCAGCUUACUUCAACGCAAUGGUGGGCCUUGUUAGAUGCAGCCAGUGAUGCUGAGAAACCUCAUCUGCAAGCACUCUUAGAUGGUGCAAUAAAACAGGAACAGGAGUCAGAGAAGGAGAGGAAGGAGACCUUGCUGAGAAGGCAAGUAGCUCUCCUAGAGAUUGUUCCCUCACUGACUGAACAGCAGUGCGGGGUACAGGUGAAGUCCAUCCUUACAGCCUUUGUUCAAGUCCGUAAUCUUGAGGACCAUACCACUCAGAUCGCUGAAGUCUUUGCAAAGUUGCGGACUCUUCAGGAUGAUCUGAUUGAUAUGACCCACAAGUACCAUGACUUGACAAAGGAGGUGGCUGACCUUCGACAAGCCCAAGUGGCCAACCCUCUUCCUCUACCCCCUGGAUCUGAAGCUGCAAUCGAAACCACCUCUGCCCCUCUUACUGUAUCUUCUUCUACCUCUUCUUCGAGUGUGAUGGCAACCCCCUCGGGACCUGCAGCAGGUGCAGACUCCACUGUUGCGGUAACAAGCAAUGAGGCUGGAACUUCUGCAAUUGCUGCAGCCCCAAGGCCGGAACCAGCUGCUGCUGGUCCCAGCUACGCCAGUCCCUACGUGGACCGGAAGGCGGUACAAAUGCCAUCCAAGUACGACAGCAAGGAUGCCAUCGAGUCCUGGAUCAGCUCCAUGAGGGCCUACUUUGAGAUCCUGGAAACUCAACUUGAGAACCAGGCGGUGAUCAUGGGAAUGAAUGGCGAGCCAGUCGUACGGGGCUUCCUAGAAGUCCAAGCAACAUGGGCUGGGUUUCCAAAGGCUGCACUAGCCAAAUGGCUAAGGACCACCCCGGUUGCCUCCCUCGAAGAGCUCCUUAUCUCGAAAGACCAAGAUCCACAUGUUGCUGCUAAAGCAAAGAUUCAACUGGACAAAGUAAAGCACAGCAAGUGGAAUGGCUCCAUGAAAAGCCUACAGAACUAUCUAAGCAAGCUGUUUGCCACUCCUGGUUUGGAAUUGUCCACUCAAUCUUGCUUGGAUGUGGUUAAGGGCGCGGUUCCAACUAACUUCACUAAUUUGUUCGUUUCUAUACGCGACUUGCGACCGGAUCUUGGUGAUCCCUUUGCUGAUUCCCCACCCCCACCCGUCCCAUCAGACAUCCAAACCCUCCUCGAUCAAUUUCCGGAAGUCCUGGCCGAGCCACGUGGAGUCCCCACGCGACCGGUUCGACACACCAUCGGGUUGGCCGAGGGUGCUGUUCCUCCAAAGGGCUGCGUGUACCGUAUGGAACCCGGCGAGUUGGAGGAACUUCGGCGACAGAUCGAUGAGAUGAUUGACAAAGGGUGGAUCAAACCAAGCGAAUCUGAAUUUGGUGCUCCUGUGUUGUUUAUGCCAAAGAAAGGACGCAAACUCCGCAUGUGUAUUGACUAUCGCGGUCUAAACCGCAUCACGAGAAAGAAUGCUUAUCCAUUGCCUCGUAUAAACGACUUGCUUGAUGCCGCAGGCGGGUGCAAGAUCUUCUCCAAGAUCGAUCUCAAGUCUGGCUACCACCAGAUUGAAGUCGAUCCUGCGGACCAGCACAAGACUGUGUUCAAAACACGCGACGGGCUUUAUGAGUUCACUGUAAUGCCCUUCGGUCUUACGAACGCACCAGCCACUUUCCAAAGCCUCAUGGACAAGGUCCUCCGCGAACAGAUUGGCCGGUUUGUGGUAGUGUACCUGGAUGACAUUCUGAUCUCUAGCAAGUCCAUGGAGGAACACCUCAAGCAUCUUGAGGAGGUGCUCGCUAUCCUCAAGAAGACGCAGCUGCAUCUCAACUUGGAGAAAUCUGAGUUUGGAAAGGAUAGCAUCAUCUAUCUUGGGCACCGGUUGUCUGCUGCAGGCCUAGAGCCUGAGGCAACCAAGAUUGAGGUCAUACGUGAUUGGCCUCAACCUACGAACAUUCGCGAAUUGCGUUCUUUCCUUGGUCUCGCAUCGUACUAUCGGAAGUUUGUACCCCGUUUUUCUAUCAUUGCUCGUCCGUUGUCGCGACUAACCAGUAAAAAUGUGUCUUAUUCCUGGGAUGCCGCGUGUACGGAAGCUUUUCAAGCUCUCAAGGAAGCCUUGGUAAGUUACCCGGUACUCCGCAUUGCAGAUCCGAAACUAACCUUCGUAGUUACUACGGAUGCAAGUCAGUAUGGAAUCGGUGCAGUGCUGCAGCAAGAUGACGGUGAUGGCAUGCGGCCACUCGAGUACUACAGCAAACAAAUGCCCAGCGUAAAGUUAGCCACUUCCACCUACAUGCGUGAGCUCUACGCUUUACGUAUGGUGUUGGAUCACUGGAAACAUUCCCUUUUGGGACGCCACUGCAAAGUCUCCUCAGACCAUGAGACCUUGAAGUGGAUCAAACAGCAGACUACUCUGUCCCCUACCUUGCUUCGCUGGUUCCAUGAGAUUGACAUUUUUUAUUUUGAAUUAAGACACAAAAAGGGCUGUUAUAAUCGAGUCGCUGACGCACUGUCUCGCCACCCUGAGUACAUGACUUGCCUGGUGAAAUCCUACGACCUCCGGAAGAAACUGAAGGAGGAGCUCGUAGAGCAGACAGCCAAGGAUCCGGAGCUUAGCUGCAUCCUUGAGCAGCUGCGGGUUGAUCCUAGAAGUCAGCCUGAGUUCCACGAGUAUGGAGGACUGACUUUUCGUCGUUACGGGAACCAUGACCGUUUGUGUGUACCAUGAGCCUCUCCGCACACACUUUCUGGACUUGGCUCAUGGCCGGAGCGGGCACUUCGGCAUGGCAAAAAUGUACGCUAACCUGCUGAG